AUGCGGAGCCGGACAGAAAUGGUCACGACAACCUUGGAUGGUUCCGAUUUCGACGAGGAAUCGGACUUCGAGGAUUCGGAAGAAGAUUGGCGACCGGAGAAGGGCGAAUCGAAGGCUCUGAAGCGUAAGACACGUGAUAUUCUUACUGGCACCGUAGGCGGUAAGCGUGGUGGACGAAGCAACGGUAGAAGUCGAGGACGAAAAUCUACCACCAAGGGGCGAAGUGCCGGUAGAAAGCGUAAAACCGUCGAUGAUGAUGAGGACGAAGACGACGAUGAUGACCAAUCCGAUAGCGAUGGUAGUGAAGGUUCUUCCCCUCGACAUUCAAAGCGUGGUCGAAAAUCUGCAGGGAAACCGCAACGCACUUACGGUCGAAAAAAUGCGAACAGCACAACUCCAUCCACGUCGAUGGCAGCCAAAAGCCUGGUAAAGCUUAGCCCGUCAGCCUCUACUUCCGGGUUGGAUUCGUCCAGUUCAGAAUUGGCGUCGAAACCGAUUCAACGGAAGGUGGUCAAUUUGGUCAGCAGCUUUCCCGACAAGAGCGGCUACCUAAAGCUGCUCGUUAGCCGUGCGGAUCUGGAGGAAGGCAUACGGGACAACUUGAAAGUGUGUUUGUGGCGUCGGGAUGGAUCAAGCUUGCUGCAGAAAUAUUUCCGUGACAAAUCGGUGGAUGCUAGCACACCGCAGUUCACCUCUUCGAUGGUGUACUCGUGCUGGGAAGACAAACGAGCGGAUGAGUAUAUGGAGAUAAGGGUACGGUGCAUUGAGCAGUCGAAGCAGUUGCGCGUACAGAUCAUCGAUGUCGAAACGAUGGAGGCCCGAGCCAAGGAAGAGUACCAGAAGUUCAUCGAAAAGCACGGUACUAAUCGAUCGAACGGAACCCGAAUGGGCCAGGCCAAGACGAAGCACAGUGGAGACGAUGAUGAAGACGACGAUGCAAAUGCAGAUGAUGAUGGUGACGCUGAAGACGAGGAGGAAGAGAACACCGAUGGAGAGGAUGGCGAUGAAGCACAAGCCGGUGAAGUGGAAGGCGAGGAAGGAAGUGAAGAUGCCUUCCAAGAGGAAUAAGUCGCGAGGUCAAGAAAAUCAGUGCAUUUGCUCUCCCGAGCGAUUCUUCCCGAGGGUGCUUUUGUUUUAGGACGACACAAAUCUAAUUUAUAACAUUACGUAGCUACUUCACAUCGAUUUAUAGGUAAUAAGGGAAGGUAGUAUGAAAUUGAGGGGAGCAAAACUACUACUGGAUCGAGUGUCGAUUGUGAACGCACUGUCGAGUGCGACAUUCGUAUCGUAUGGACGUAUUUGCACACGCUAGAAGCAUAAGAUUAGAUCGGAUACUCGUUAAAUGUUCACAUUUUGAAUGUUAAGGAAUCAUAUUGACUGAGUAGCAUGAAACUCACAUUGCAUCCCCCCCCGUAUGGCACCAGCUCCGCACGGGUCUGCUAAAGAUUGCAGAUUACAUAAGAAAGCGGAACUGUGUGCUUGCCAAACUCUUUCUUAAAA